AUGACAGAAAUAGCAAAUCUUCUACAGGUUCCAUUAAAACAAGGAACAAACAAAAAGGGUGCAUAUAAUAGAACUAUGAAAGUUCCUGAUGGAAUGAAAGAAUUAGUUCAUAUUGUUGCUGGUCUUCAAAAAGAUGUUAAACAAAUGAGAAACGUUUUAACAUUACCAGAAGCUCAAGCAUAUGCCAAACGUCAUGGUCCAAAUUGGGAAGCACACGAAGCAGACAUUACGGGUCCAAAUGGAAAACCUGAUGGUAUAAAUGAAGUUUUCGUUACUGAUGGUCAAGGAAAUAUUAAAGUCAUAAAUGGUUAUAAAUUAACUAUAACUGAUUAUCCUAAACGUAAAGCAUAUAAUGAACGUUAUCCUAUGCAAUUUGAUGAAAAUGGAAAAGCUGUUAAACAAUACAUUGGAGAAGGUGAAAAUGGUCCAAUUAAUUCAUACUGUUAUAAUCCAUAUUCGUAUUUCAAUGAAGAAUUAAAUGCUAUUGAAGAGGGACCGGAUGGAUUACCACGAUAUUCUAACCAGUUUGAUGGUCAAUAUGCAAUAUUAGACCUGAAAUUUCAGCUAAGAAAUUCUUUAAAGUUGCUUUAUUCGAUCCAGUUUUCGCAAAUGUUAAAGAUGAACUUAAACAGCAAUUCCAACCAAUUAUAG